UCAUAGGCUUCAGUUCAUUGGUUAAAGGUGUGUCCAAGAUUAGACUGAAUCAGACUGAAUUUGUCAUCGCAGAAGUUUAAACAUGUGGGCAGAGAGUGACUUGUAUCCAGGUGUGCUGUGUCUUCAAAGCACUACAGAGCCUGUGAAUGGUAAUGUAUACCGAAUGUAUCACGGCACCACUGAAAGAGCAGCACAACAGAUCAAAAUCUCUGGCUUUCAGCCAUCUGCAGAUGGCAUGCUGGGACGUGGCGUCUACCUCAGCCGAGAUCUUAACAAGGCCAGCAGAUACCCACUUGACAAGCCGCGUGAGAGAGUUGUUAUCAGAGUGAAGGUCAAUGUUGGGAGAGUGAAGAAGAUUGACCAUAAACGUCAUCCACUGCAGAAUACCUGGCAUGAUCACGGGUACGACACUGCCUGGUGCCCUCCAAACUGUGGCAUGGUGACCAGCGGUCUUGAAGAAGACUGUGUUUGGGAUCCGAAUCGAAUCACUAUUAUUGAUAUAAUUCCACCAAGCCUUCAAAGCAGGGAAAAUCCAGUUGAAGGUAAAGACUACACAAUGUUUUAUGGUACAUCUAAAGAAGAAGCAGAAAAAAUGAAAGCUUAUGGCUUUAUAAACAUACAGGAAGCAAUCAGCUUUAGAAGCAACAUCAGAGGUGCAAACAUGUGGGCUGAAGACGACUUGGGUGGAGGUGCUCCAGCAUGCCUUGAGAGUUACAUAGAACCAGUAGAAUGUAAAGUCUACAGAAUGUAUCAUGGCACAUCAAGGGAGAAUGCUGAAAAAAUCAAAGUCUCUGGCUUCAAGCAGUCUUCUGCUGGCAUGCUUGGACCUGGUGUCUACCUCAGUCGAGAUCUACAGAAGGCCUCCAGAUACCCUCUGGAUCUACCUGAGAACCAGAGAGUGAUUGUGAGAGUAAAAGUCAAUGUUGGGAGAGUGAAGAAGAUUGACUGUCAACGUCAUCCACUGCAGAAAACCUGGCAUGAUCACGGGUAUGACACUGCCUGGUGUCCUCCAAACUGUGGCAUGGUGCCAAGUGGUCUUGAAGAAGACUGUGUUUGGGAUCCAAGACGAAUCACUGUCAUUGAUUUAAUUAGUCCAAUGCAAGAGGAGCAAAGUUCUUGUAGAAUCCUAUGAAAAUGUUGAGUAGAUUAAACCAAUAUAUUUCUUUGAUACAAAUGAUACUAACAAAACUAACAUAAAAUAACAAUAAUAAUAAUUUCUGUGCCUAAACAUAUUUCUUUGUAGAUCACUGUACAUCACUGUAAUAUUAAUACUAAAUGUAUUCAGGUUCAAUACAUUUUAUGGUAAUCUGUGUCACAUUGCUGUAUUCUCUGACCCCAUAUGCACUUCAUUCUUAAAGCUGCCUCUUGUUAGUUUUACUCAGUGUUGACUCCUGGUGUUGUUCAUGAUCAUUGAACAUACCAUUUAUUACA